AUGUCAUCGUUAAGGAUUAAAUUUUAUUUCGUUGCAAUAAUAACCAUCGCGUUGCUAUUGCAUUACGCGUUUCCAAAAGUUUUGGCACAACAAGCUGAAACUGAUUCACCCACUGACAGCAAUAAUAGUAAUAACGACACAGAAUGCGGCGGAGGAACAAUCUCUAAUUCCGAAUACGAUUUCGGUCUUCAUCUCGGCGCGCUGUUUAUUAUUCUUGUUACUAGUUCUUUUGGAGCGUUUAUUCCAGUAUUGUCGAAAAGAUAUACCGCUUUACAAAUACCGAGUAUAGCAUUUAAGGUUGCCAAAAAUUUUGGUACCGGAGUUAUUCUUGCAACCGCAUUUAUUCAUAUGCUACCUUCUGCUUUCGCAAAUCUUACUAAUCCGUGUCUGCCAAGUCUAUGGAAUACCUACCCGGCCUUCGCAGGAGCGAUAGCAAUGGGAUCCGCGUUAAUGAUAUUUUUCAUUGAAUAUCUUACGAUUAAAGUAACCGAAGAAUACGAAGAAAAAUUUUUAUCGGAGGCAAAUUCACCCGAUAACGCCACUCAUAAUAACAGCAAUAUCAACCACGAAGUAGCUGUCGACAUUGGUGAAAGAGAAGAAAAAAAACUAGAAAGCCACAAAUCUCAUCUUCCGCAUAACCAUAGACACAUGUUGAUAUUAGACAAUCGUACUCGAACGGUUGGUCUCGUUGUUCUAGAAGCAGGAAUAUGUUUUCACUCCGUAAUUAUCGGAAUGACAUUAAGCGUAACCACUGGCUCAGAUUUCAUCUCGCUUCUAUGUGCACUUAUAUUCCAUCAAAUGUUUGAGGGGCUUGGACUUGGGUCUCGUAUCGCGGAACUUUCUUUCCCGCGUGAAAGUCUUCGUCCAUGGCUAAUGUCCUUAGCGUAUGGCAUAACCACACCAUUUGGAAUUGCUAUUGGUCUCGCCACACGAUACUCUUAUAACCCGGAAUCACAGACCGCGUUAAUUGUCCAAGGUGUACUAGACGCCAUUUCUGCCGGAAUUCUGUUAUACGCGUCAAUGGUCGAGCUACUCGCAGCCGAUUUCAUCAUUGAUAGUCGUAUAAGAAAGUCGAAAGCUUCGGAUCAGAUUUUUGCUUUUUCGCUCCUGAUAUUGGGCGCUGUUAUUAUGGCGCUGAUCGGACGUUGGGCAUAA